UCUCCCACCCAAACAGUCCUUUUAUACCGUUUUUUCUCUUUUUUCCAGGGCAAUUCUCUGUUUGUCUGCCGAGAAAACGCAGAAGAAAACCAGAGAACGGCGAAGAGAAAGUAGAUUCCGGAUCGGAGGGUUUGCCGGGAUGGCGGAGGUUUCAAUGUGUAGUAGCAGCGAGAGGGCUGAGCUGUCGCCGGAGGAGGAGAGGGUUUUGGUCAGAGACAUUGCAAUUGCCGCUGAAGCAAAUAGCAAAGAAGGCGAUACCUUCUACCUUAUCACUCAAAGAUGGUGGCAAUACUGGAUUGAUUAUGUUAACCAAGAUCAGUCAACCAACAUAAAUGAUGGGUCCUCUUUGUCAGACCAUUGUGAUUCGGGUGGUUCAAGCGGUUUAUAUAGGCCAGCCAGUAUUGAUAACUCUGAUUUGAUAGAUGAUGCAAAAUCAGAGGACCCUAACAUGGGAAUUGAGAUUCAUGAUACUCUGUUAGAAGGUCGUGAUUUUGUCUUGCUUCCACAAGAAGUUUGGAAUCAAUUGUAUUCAUGGUAUGGAGGCGGUCCAACAUUACCUCGGAAAGUAAUCAGUUCAGGUCUUUCUCAGACAGAGUUGGCUGUGGAGGUGUACCCUCUUCGCCUUCAACUACUGGUAAUGCCUAAAGGAGACAAUGCAACUAUACGAAUAAGCAAGAAGGAAACCGUAGGGGAGCUCCACCAGCGAGCUUGUGAGAUUUUUGAUCUUAACUUGGAACAAGUGCGCGUAUGGGAUUAUUAUGGCCAUCAGAAACAUGCUUUGAUGAGCGACAUGGAUAAAACACUUGAUGAUGCCAAUAUACAAAUGGAUCAAGAUAUUCUUGUGGAGGUCCUUAACGAUGUCAAUGGUACUGCAUCUAUUCGUUUUAUGAUUUCUGUAGAUAAUGGAUUUUCAACGAAGGAAGCUACUUCUAUUCUUAUGGAGCCUUCUAAGUCAAGCUUAUCAAUUGCAGGAUGUUUUUCUGCAAGCAAGGGUGCUUCUAGAAACUGCGGCUCAGAGCUGUCUCAAAAUCAUAACCUAGCAACAACUGGCCGAGAGUUGGAUAACACAUAUGUGAGCGUUGGUGUUACUACGAGGGGGGCUUCUUGUGGUCUUACUGGUUUGCUAAACCUAGGGAAUACUUGUUUCAUGAACAGUGCAAUACAAUGUCUUGUUCACACCCCAGAGUUUGCUAGAUACUUCCGCGGAGAUUACCAUCGAGAGAUAAACUGGCAUAACCCAUUGGGCAUGGCUGGUGACCUAGCACUAGCAUUUGGUGAAUUACUUCGAAAGCUGUGGGCACCUGGACGAACACCAGUUGCUCCUCGACCAUUUAAAGCAAAGCUUGCUCGCUUUGCAGCUCAGUUUAGUGGAUACAAUCAGCAUGAUUCUCAGGAGCUUUUGGCAUUUCUUCUUGAUGGUCUCCAUGAAGAUUUGAAUCGUGUCAAACACAAACCUUAUCUAAAGUCUAGGGAUGCAGAUGGCCGUCCAGAUGAAGAAGUUGCAGAUGAAUAUUGGGCAAAUCACACUGCCCGUAAUGAUUCUAUUAUCGUUGAUGUGUGCCAAGGCCAAUACAAGUCAACUUUGGUUUGUCCAGUGUGUCAUAAAGUCUCUGUUACUUUUGACCCUUUCAUGUACCUCUCCUUGCCACUUCAGUCCACUACCAUGCGGUCUAUGACAGUCACAGUCUUUACUUGUGAUGGAACUGCAUUGCCCACUGUUACUACUGUGACUGUUCCGAAGCAGGGGCGUUUCAGGGAUUUGAUCCAAGCGGUUAGCAGUUCUUGUUCGUUGAAGCAAAAUGAGGAGCUUAAAAUUGCUGAGAUAAGAAACCAUUUGCUUCAAAGGCUAAUAGAGGACCCAUUGACAUCAUUGUCCUCAAUCAAAGAUGAUGACCGUCUUGCUGCCUACAAGAUUCCAAAGUCAGUGAAGAGCUCAAAAUUACUUCAGUUGAUACAUCGCUGCCAAGAAAAGGAGACCAGCAAUACCCAAGCUGCAUCACACUGGAAACCUUAUGGAACGCCUCUUCUUUCAUCAAUUCCACUUGAUGGUGAAACUACAAGGUCUGAAGUUCAGAAAAUAGUCCAGAAAAUGCUUUCUCCUUUGCUUAAAGUUGAGUGUCUUGGAGAUACUGAUUUUUCUCAGCCUAGCAACUCGGACGAAGCCUCAGAUCAAUCUCAUGAUAUUAGCCCUGAUGAAGCAUCGACCAAAUUCAAAUCUGAUUCAAUAAGGGACAUUAGUGGCUCUAAAAUGGAGACAUGUUCAGGAUUGCCUCUUCAGAUGGUCGAUGAAAAUAAUGCCUGCAUUGAUCUCUCUGUGGAGGAAGAGAAGGCCAUCACGCUGUCCAAGUCAUCGAAAUUUAUAGUUGUAUAUUUUGAUUGGUCAGAAAAACUUUUGGGGAUGUUUGAUAUGAAUUACCUAGAGAACUUGCCAGAAGUCUUUAGAUAUGGCCCUGUCAUGAAGAAAGCUCGCAAUGAACCUCUAUCCUUGUACACAUGCCUAGAGUCUUUUCUCCGUGAAGAGCCACUGGUACCUGACGAUAUGUGGAACUGUCCACAAUGCAAAGAGCAGAGGCAAGCAAGUAAAAAACUUGACUUGUGGAGGCUUCCCAAUGUGUUAGUCAUCCAUUUGAAGAGAUUCUCAUACAGCAGGUCAAUGAAGCAUAAAAUAGAAACUUUUGUGAACUUCCCAGUUCAUGACUUUGACUUGACAAAUUAUGUAGCCAGCAAAAACAACUCCCAACGACAACUGUAUGAACUGUAUGCCUUGACCAAUCAUUAUGGUAGCAUGGGAAGUGGCCACUAUACGGCGCAUAUUAAGCUUUUGGAUGAGAACAGGUGGUACAAUUUUGAUGACAGCCACAUAUCACCCAUAAAUGAAGAAGAAGUGAAGUCAGCUGCAGCCUACGUUCUUUUCUAUCGCAGGGUAAAGACCAAUGAUGCGAAUGGUAAUGGAGCAGUCCGGGGCAGAUCAUACCAAUAGCUGCUCCCAAAAGUGCUCUUCCGAGCUGUAUGUGUAUUGUCAAGGAGCGUAUGGAAUCAUCAUCCCUUGGCUUUGCGCUCUGUGGUGCAAUAGGAGUAAGAUCGAUCAUGCGGCAAGUGGCAUCAUGGCAAACUCUGUUAAAUGUGAUGCAUUUAUACUUGUUGGUUCUAAAAGGUUGAUGUGGGGGUUCCAUUGAAGCCCAGGAAAUUAGAAUGAUAUAAAAGGUGGAAGGGAAGACCUAGGGUUCUUGAAGUUCUGCACAGAUAAAUUUAAAUUAGCUUAGACUGUAAGCUUUUGCAGCCUGCCGCCCUUUAUCUGCUGAACUCUCAAUUAUGAAUUAUUUAUACUCCAAAUUCUGAAACUCUGUAUAAUUGUGUUAAAGAGGCCAUUUGUGAACCUAUUUGAGCCGUUCUACAAAUUUGUAUGUUCUGACAUUAGCUAUAUGUAUUUUCUAAUAAAUAUCUCAGUUUAGUUCGAGCCUA